GAGGUGAUCAUGACUGCGAGAGCAUACCAAGUCGAAAUGUUUCAGGAGAGUCUACAGCGGAACAUCAUCGUUGCAAUGGACACAGGAAGCGGAAAAACUCAAGUUAGGGCGAUACUUCGAAUUCAGGAAGAGCUCGGAAGGAGCCCCAAGCUUAUCUGGUUCCUUGCUCCUACCGUUCAGCUUGCCGCCCAACAGUUUGAGGUCAUCGAAAAACAGAUACCAGGAGUUCAGUCAAGGUUCAUCUGCGGCGCGGACAAUGUUCAAGCCUGGAAGUAUAAGACCGGUGUUUGGCAGGCGGUCCUCACCAAUGUCCGGAUCGUUGUGUCUACGUACCAGAUCUUGUUUGAUGCUGCCGUAGCACACGCUUUUGUGCCCUUGGAAUCUAUUAGUCUUCUCGUCAUCGAUGAAGGUGAGUUUUCCUUGUCCAUUUCGUUAACCAUGGAGGGGAAACCCGUCCCUCACAUUCUGGGUCUCACGGCUAGCCCUUUGAUGAGGUCCAAUCUCGCUGGUAUAGAAACACUCGAGCAGACCCUUGAUGCAAUCUGCAGGACGCCCUGUAGGCACCGCGACGAGCUUAUGGCUCAGGUGAACCGCCCAGAGAUGAAAGCAUUCAUAUACGGAGACCUUCCUGAACCUCAAAAUGCCACCCCAUCGUCUUCAAACAUGACCAGGCUCAUCGACACCUUACGACAGAUGGAUAUUACGGCUGAUCCUCACAUCAUACGACUCCGUGAGGAGAACACGGAGCGUAGUCGCGAGGCUCUGAAAAGCGCCAUCAUGUCUCGCAAUACUCAGUCACAGAAGCAGAUGAAGGCGCUGUUUGCAAGAGCAAGAGAGAUGAUGAUGAACCUAGGACCGUGGGCGGCGGAAUAUUACAUCAACAGAGUUGUCACUGAGUUUCUCAAAGUUGGCAGUCCACCCGCCCCAUCGGUUCACAACCUUUGGGAUGAGGAAAAGGCCUAUCUGUCGGCUACACUUCAGGGUAUUAAACCUGAAGCACCGCCGAGCGUUCCAGAUAACCUCUCCCGCAAAGUUCAAGCCUUGCUACAAAUUCUCGCCUCCCAUAAAGGCAACCCCGUGGGAAUCGUUUUCGUCACGGAGAGGGCAACCACUUCGGUCCUUUCGCAUGUUCUCUCGGUACAUCCCGUUCUCGAGUCUCGCUACUCCGUGGAGUCUAUGGUUGGCACAUCAAAACUUCCUGGGGGCAAGCACAGUUUUCUCGAUCUCACCACGAAAGAGGACAUUGAGUCUCUGCACCGGUUCAGAAAGGGCAAGGUCAACUUGCUGGUGGCUACAAGCGUUCUCGAGGAAGGCAUCGAUGUACCCGUGUGCAACUUGGUCAUCUGCUUUGACAAGCCCAGCAACCUCAAGUCGUUCAUCCAGAGACGAGGGAGGGCUCGUAUGAACGAGUCGGAACUCUGGGUUCUUUUCAAAGAUGAUCAGGACCAGUCUCUGGAGGAGUGGAAGGAGCUCGAGCAGGAGAUGAAGCGCAAAUACGAAGACGAAUUACGGGAAAUAGCAGGGCUUGAGCAGAUGGAACAAUCCGAGGCGGACGAUUAUCCCAAGAUGACAGACCCAACAACAGGGGCACAGAUGACCAUCCACGACGCAAAGCAACAUCUCGAUCAUUUCUGCUCAACCUUGUCCACCAGGAAGUUUGUCAACUGGGCGCCGUUUUACAUUAUCCACGAUCUGGAGGGAAACCCCAUCGACGCUCGCAAACCCGGCCUUCGGGCCGCCACUGUGAACUUGCCCGUCUCACUGUCCCCGAGUUUGCGUCGUGCAGAAAGCCUGCGGGCCUGGCCCUCGGAGGCUUUUGCUUGCAAAGACGCCGCUUUCCAGGCUUACAAGAAGCUCUACGAGGCGGGUUUGAUCGACAAGAACAUGCUGCCUGCCAGAACGACGCCUGGCUUGGUGGAAGUUGGAAAAACGGAGGGGAUCACCACUGUUGAGGUGCAAUAUAAUCCUUGGCUGGAGGUAUCAAAGGCUUGGGAGAGCAGCACUAAGCUGUACAGUCGGCGUGUGACAAUAUCCAGCGAGGACGGCACACAUUGGGCACAACUGGACCUUUCGCUUCCAAUCCCCGUUCCUUUGAUAAGAGAUCAAGUCAUUCAUUCGGAGCGCAAAACAUCUUGGACUAUAUCCAUGGGGGCUGCUCAUGAGAGAAAGUAUGACAAGGACAAUCGAGAUCACACUUAUGGUUUGCUCGCGAUGGCCUACGGACAUCGGUUUCCGAUAGAGAAGAAACAAUAUCCCAUCCGUCUUCUCUCGCCAGAGGAGGAGAUUACUAUUGACCGCAUGGCCGCAUUGGAAUUCAACCGCGACUCUCUCGCCAACUGUUCUCAGUCUUACCUCAUCCGGGAUGUUGACAGCGCCAACCACCCCUAUUUCUUUAGGGAGUGGUUUCCGAAGAAGCCUCCCAUGAACAUGAUCAAGUCCGUGUUUAAGGGGUUCGAGGAGGCCCCAGAGGACGUCCCUUAUGUGUCUGUGCAGGCGUUCCCCAAGAGGGCAGGUCAAUUCCGCAAGUUACCCGAUGCUUUCAUUCACCAGCUACCCAGCGGGAAGCCUUACCCGCGAGUGAUUCCUGCGAGCCAGGUCAAAGUCGACAAGAUCCCAACUGUGUUUGCCCAUGUCGGUCUGAUGCUUCCCGCUCUUACGGCUGCAGUGGGUGACUAUCUUGUUGCCAGAGACCUGCUGGAUGGGUCGCUGCAAACGACCGGGAUCACGGGUCUGGAUCUGGUGGUCACGGCCAUCACAGCAUCGGGGGCGAGGAGGUCAAUCGACUAUGAAAGAAUUGAGUUUCUGGGAGAUUCCAUUCUCAAGUUUUGCACAACUAUCAACUGCUCGGCACAGUGCUUCCUCUCGGCGAGCAAAGACAAGAUCGUCUCCAACUACCGUCUCUGCAAAGCUGCCAUAGAUUUCGGACUCGCCCGCUACAUCAUCAACACUGCCUACACGACAGACAAGUGGCGGCCCGUGUUUGUGGAAGAUUACCUCGAGCGCACCGACAACCCUUCUUCCGAUGGACCGAAAACCAGGGAGAUGUCGACCAAAACCCUCGCCGAUGUGGUAGAAGCCUUGAUCGGUGCCUCCCACAUCAGCGGCGGUAUCAACAAAGCCCUCGCUUGUAUUUCUCUGUUUCUCCCCGAGGCCAAAUGGCAGAGCAUCGACCACGGCCGCCAGGUCCUCUACGACGAAGCCCCCGACGACGAGCCCCUCCCUCCUAACAUGCACCUUCUGGAGAAACUGAUCGGGUAUACUUUCAAGAAAAAGUCCCUCCUCAUCGAGGCAAUGACCCAUCCCUCUUUCAACGUGCAAGAUACCCGCGCCUCCCUCGACAGGCUAGAAUUUCUUGGCGACGCGAUACUAGACUACCUCGUUGUCGAAUCCCUCUUCUCCCUCCGCGAACCACUGACCGGUCUCCCCCUCGAAAACUCCAAGCUCCACCUUUUACGCACCGCCCUUGUCAACGCCGACAUUUUGGGGUUUUUGGUGAUGGAGUGGGCCAUCGAAGAGGAAAGAUACAACGCUGAAGUCAUCCUCCCUGAUCCCACUUCCAACCCAUACCUCUCCCCCUCACGACGAACUUCUAGUUCAAGCACUACCCCCCCAGAGAUCAACCUCAUCAGCACCACGGCCAAAUUCCCGCUGUGGUCAUUCCUGCGGUACACCUCGCCCGAAAUGGGCGAGCACAUCCUCUCUACCCAAUCCCGGCAUUCUUUUCUCCGCGACGAAAUCCGUCACGCCCUUGACCGCGGCGAAAAAUACCCCUGGCCCGCACUUACAAGACUCCAAGCACAAAAGUUUUAUGGCGAUGUUUUUGAGAGCUUGAUGGGAGCUGUCUGGGUUGAUAGUGGGGAUUUGGAAGAGUGCAGGGGGUUGAUGGAACGAAUUGGGAUCAUGGGGUUGAUGGAGAGGUUGGUGAGGGAGGGGGUGCACUGUUUGCAUCCGAAGGAGGAGUUGGGGCUUUUGGCGGCGGGAAGGGCGGUGGAGUAUAGGGUUGAGGAGAACGAGGAAGGGCAGUGGGAGUGUGCUGUUGUUUGGGCGGAGACGGGGGAGGAGGUGGUUAGGGUUGGGGGUGCGAGGAAGGGGGAGGAGGCUAGGGUUAGGGGGGCUGAUGCUGCGGUUGGGGUGUUGAAGGCGGAGAAGGAGGUAAGGGAACAGGAGAAGAGGAGGGUGAUGUUGGAGAACUUGGGAAAGGAUGUGGUUGUUGAUGCGUGA